CUUCACGAUACCACCUCUCCUCUCCCAUAAUAAAUAUCACUUCUCUUUUCAAAAAUCCUAUUUUUUCUCCGAUCACUCCCUCAAUUUCAUCAUAAUUUUCAGUUUCAGAACCAAAAAAAUAGAAAAUGAGCAGUAGCAAUCCAAAAGGAAGAACUACAAUUGAAGUUGGAAGUGAUGGAGUUGCAAUCAUUACAAUUAUUAAUCCUCCUGUUAAUUCUCUUGCCUUAGAUGUGCUGUACAGCCUGAAAGAGAGCUACGAGCAGGCCUUAAGAAGGGAUGAUGUGAAAGCAAUUGUUGUGACAGGUGCUAAUGGCAAGUUCUCUGGUGGUUUUGAUAUCAGUGCUUUCGGUAAACUGCAGGGAGGAACAGUCGAAUCACCAAAGCCUGGGUUUAUAUCAGUGGAGAUUCUCACUGACACCGUUGAAGCUGCAAGAAAACCUUCUGUGGCGGCAAUUGAUGGUCUCGCUCUAGGUGGAGGACUAGAAGUUGCAAUGGCUUGUCAUGCACGAAUUUCUACUCCCAAUGCACAACUUGGAUUGCCAGAACUUCAACUUGGUAUACUUCCUGGAUUUGGAGGUACUCAGCGGCUGCCCCGCCUCGUGGGUCUUGCUAAGUCCCUCGAAAUGAUGCUAACAUCAAAGCCUGUUAAAGGAGAGGAAGCUGUUAAUCUGGGCCUUGUUGAUGCUGUAGUUCCAUCAAACCAGUUAUUGGAUACUGCUCGUAAGUGGGCUCUUGAUAUUUUGGAGUGCAGAAAACCUUGGGUUGCCAGUCUUCACAAAACUGACAAGAUAGAGCCUCUUGGUGAGGCAAGGGAAAUAUUAAAGUUUGCAAGAGUUCAAACGCGCAGACAGGCUCCAAACCUCCAACAUCCCUUAGUCGUCAUUGAUGUUGUUGAAGAGGGUAUAGUGUCUGGUCCACGUGCUGGGCUUUGGAAGGAGGCUGAAGCAUUCCAAAGUCUUCUACAUUCUGACACUUGCAAGGCCUUGGUCAACGUUUUCUUUGCUCAGCGUGGAACCACAAAGGUACCAGGGGUGACUGAUUUAGGGCUAAAACCACGGCGCAUAAAAAAGGUCGCAAUUCUUGGGGGUGGUUUAAUGGGUUCUGGAAUUGCAACUGCACUGCUUCUUAGUAACUACCCUGUGAUCUUGAAAGAAGUUAAUGACAAAUUCCUACAGGCUGGGUUGGGUAGAGUAAAAGCCAAUUUGCAAAGCAGUGUCAAGAAAGGGAAAAUGAGUCAAGAGAAGUUUGAAAAAACUCUCUCCCUACUCAAGGGUGUUCUGGAUUAUGAAAGUUUUAGAGAUGUGGACAUGGUCAUUGAGGCCGUCAUCGAGAAUGUAUCUCUUAAGCAGCAAAUAUUUGCAGAUCUUGAGAAGUAUUGCCCUCCACAUUGCAUUCUAGCAAGUAACACUUCUACGAUUGACUUGGAUUUGAUUGGGGAAAAGACCAAAUCUCAAGAUCGUAUUGUUGGAGCUCACUUUUUCAGUCCGGCUCAUGUGAUGCCAUUGUUGGAAAUCGUCCGCACCCAAAAGACAUCGCCCCAAGUAAUCGUAGACUUGCUUGAUGUUGGCAAGAAGAUAAGGAAAACCCCUGUGGUAGUUGGGAACUGCACUGGUUUUGCUGUCAACAGAAUGUUCUUUCCUUACACCCAAGCUGCUCUUUUGCUAGUUGAACGUGGAACAGAUGUCUACCGCAUAGAUAGGGUCAUUACUAAAUUUGGCAUGCCAAUGGGCCCCUUCAGAUUAUGUGAUCUUGUUGGUUUUGGUGUUGCAAUUGCCACUGGAGGGCAAUUUGUGAUGAAUUUCCCGGAGAGAACUUACAAAUCAAUGUUGAUACCGCUCAUGCAAGAAGAUAAAAGAGCUGGUGAAGCUACUCGGAAAGGGUUCUAUGUAUAUGACGACAGACGUAAAGCGACCCCAGAUCCAGAAAUAAAGAAAUACAUUGAGAAGGCAAGAGAGAUGUCUGGUGUUACCAUCGACCCUAAGCUGGCCAAACUCUCGGACAAGGAUAUUGUAGAGAUGAUUUUCUUCCCUGUGGUAAAUGAAGCCUGCAGAGUGCUUGCAGAAGGCAUAGCGGUUAAAGCUUCUGAUCUUGACAUUUCUGCUAUUAUGGGCAUGGGAUUCCCUCCUUACAGGGGAGGGAUCAUAUUCUGGGCAGACACUCUUGGAUCCAAAUACAUCUGUUCAAGAUUGGAAGAGUGGUCAAGAAUGUAUGGAGACUUUUUCAAGCCGUGUUCCUACCUAGCUGAAAGAGCUGCCAAGGGGACUCCUCUGAGUUCUACAAUGGAUGCAGCCAAGUCGCGCUUGUAAGAUCAGCAAUGCUUUUGAGCAUUCAUCAAGUUCGUCGCUUUGUUAUCUCCUCUCUCUGGUCAGUUAGGAGGAGUUGAUAAAGAAGAAUCAAUAAUGUAGAAAUGAAAAUGAAGAACUAGAUUAUUAUGUAACCUAAAAGCUUAGUUGUCUGGAAAUAAAAUGAGAGCAAAGUGAGAAUAUAAGACGAUUAUUUGUCCACCCGCGUUUGUUUUUUAUGCCUUCGAUAGUGAACUAAAAUUUUUAAUGUAUUGCUUCUGAAGGGGUCAAUUUUAUGGUCUGGUGUUCUCACAAGAAUCAAAUAUUUGUUUGUUGCUUC